UAAUCGAUUACCGAUAGCUCUUGUUUUUUUUUGCAAUAAAAUCGUGAUAAAAACUUUAUUUUCGCAUAAAAAGAUCUAGAGCUUUAUUAAAUUUAAACAGCAAAUCGUUGCAAGAUGCCUGUGCUGCCCAUGCCGCCACUGAUGCAGAACGCCAUCGAGCCAAUGCAAGUGGAUGCACCGCCGAACGAGGACAAUGAGAACAACGAGGAGCAACAGAUCGUGGUGGAGAACCCCAGCAUCGACCUGGAGGUGUAUGCCAAUCAAUACAAUGGCAUUGUACGACUCCACCGGCUGAUGUAUGUGGCCGACGUUUGCCCCAGCCUGGCCGUGGAGGCGCUCAAAAUGGCCAUCACGUAUGUACAGACCACGUACAACGUUAAUCUUUACCAGCUGCUGCACAAGCGUUUGAGCGACUUGAACGCCAGCAACGCCCCUGCUCCGCCAGCACCGGCUGCAGAUCUGGCUCCGGUGCCAGCCGCUGCUCUGCCGGACAUUGCAGCCGUGCCGGCUGCAAUUGCUUUGCCACCGUUGGCCCAAGGCCAGCCCGCGGCUGGCGAGAAGGAUUCGUUUGCCUAUGAUGCUGUCUGGGUGGACACCAAGAUGAAGAAGGCUGCCCUCAAGCUGGAGAAGCUCGAUUCGGAUCUGAAGAACUACAAGUCGAACUCAAUCAAGGAGAGCAUUCGGCGCGGCCACGAUGACCUAGCCGAUCAUUAUCUGAGCUGCGGGGAUCUGACCAAUGCCCUGAAAUGCUACUCGCGGGCCCGCGACUACUGCACCAGCGGAAAGCAUGUGGUGAACAUGUGUCUAAAUGUGAUCAAGGUCUCUAUUUAUCUGCAGAACUGGGUCCAUGUCAUGAGCUACAUAUCGAAGGCGGAGAGCACUCCGGACUUUGCCGAGGGAUCCAAGGAGGCCAACGCCCAGGUGCACACACGCCUCGAGUGUGCCGCCGGCCUGGCCGAACUGCAGCAGAAGAAAUACAAGGUGGCUGCCAAGCAUUUCCUGAACGCCAACUUUGACCAUUGCGAGUUCCCCGAAAUGAUCUCCACCAACAAUGUGGCUGUCUAUGGUGGGCUCUGCGCUCUGGCCACCUUUGACAGGCCGGAGCUGAAACGCCUGGUGAUUGCCUCCACAUCGUUCAAGCUGUUCCUGGAGCUGGAGCCGCAGUUGCGCGACAUUAUAUUCAAGUUCUACGAGAGCAAAUACGCCUCGUGCCUGACGCUGCUCGACGAGAUCCGUGACAAUCUGCUCGUGGACAUGUACAUAGCACCGCAUGUGAGCACGCUCUACACCAAAAUUCGCAAUCGCGCCCUCAUCCAGUACUUCAGUCCCUAUAUGUCGGCCGACAUGCACAAAAUGGCAAUGGCCUUCAACUCCUCGGUGGGGGAUCUGGAGAAUGAGGUGAUGCAGCUGAUUCUGGAUGCCCAGAUUCAGGCCCGCAUCGACUCGCACAACAAGAUCCUCUACGCCAAGGAGGCCGAUCAGCGCAAUAGCACGUUCGAGCGUGCCCUGGUCCUGGGCAAGAAGUAUCAGCGACACACGCGCAUGCUCAUCCUGCGUGCGGCAAUGCUCAAGAGCCACAUCCAUGUGAAGAGCGUUACCCGCGAGGGCGGCAGCAACCACGGCGCCGAGCUAUGCGUCUCGGCCGGCUCCACCACCACGGCACAGUUGGCUCGCAUGUAGUUCCAAUGUUCCAAUAAUCAAUAAACUACUCUUUGCAUUAUA